AUGCCCACUAUCUACUCCUCCCUCUACCAGAAUUUCAUCCGUCAAGGAUUCGCGAAAUCUUUCACCCACGGCUACGCCCAGUCCGUCGUAGCUGCCACACAUCCCAUCCUCAACACCCAGAACCGGCCUUCGUUCGCGCGCCGGAACACCAACCGCUUCGGUCGCCUCCAGUCUCUACAGCUUCAGUCCGCUUUCCACACCGCUGAGCGGACAAGCGCGGGCCUCCCCCAGCACCACCACGAGAAGCUUGACGAGAAGCUUAAACAUGGAAGCUUAGACGCCUAUUUCGAGGCGCUGCAGAGCCAGCAGGCCUCGGAGGAGGAGCUCGAGAAGGAAUGGACUCAGUUCCAGUUCCAGCGACAGAUUGAGUGGAAGCCCACGCCCGCUUCCAUUCUCGUUGGCGAUGGCGAGGCCAAGACCUACGAGGCCGAAGAGCACGCCGCUGCACAAGAUGGAGAGACGCCAUCGGCCAUCCCUCCAGAGGCCCAGGCCGCACUGGCACAGAUCGACGCUGCUCUAGAGAAGGAGAUUGAAUUCAGGAAUCGCCUGGAAGCUUUGGAAGAGGCCUCUGAGCAUUCCAUUCGAUCAAUCUCUCAUGGCGGCUCAGCAGCCCGCUCGUACCAGUCUCCAGCCAUUGACAGAUCGCGGUCUCCCCUCAGCGUAGCCCGAACUGCUACCCCCCCUUUCGACCCUCAGUCCCAGGUUUACGCCGACCACCUUCACAAGCUAUCUGAAGAUGGUCGCUAUGCCGAGAUCCCGGCUGUGUUCGAGGCCAUGCUUGUCGCCGGCGUGCAACCCAUCGCCAGCGCCUACAACGCUUUGUUGAUGGCCGCGAUCCACCUGCCGACUGCCAAGAAUGAGAUCGUCACCAAGGCUUUGGAUGUGUACGCCGAUAUGCUUCGCCGCAAGAUCGUCCCGGACAGUGACACUUACAACAUCCUUGUCGGUCUUCUUGCUGCCCGCUCCCUGGAGGUCGCUUCUUUGAAGAAGAGUCUCCAGGAGAAGCUCGUACGAUUCGGUGGCAUGGAUGAGCCUGGCAAGUUCAUGUUCGCAUCCCACGAGCUCGAGAAUGCCAUUCUCUCUGAAGAUGACAGACUCGACCUCGCGAUGGACAUGUUUGAGAAGUCGGUUCUCACUCAGCGGGCGGCUUACUCGGCCGAGUCCUACCAUCAGCUCAUCUCUGCUUGCGCUCAGGCCGGACGCGUCACUGACAUGCUUCGUCUGUACGAGCACAUGGAGUUGAACCGUGUCACUCCCUUCGCUGCCAUGUUCCCCAGCAUGAUCACUGCCUUUGCGACUUCUGGCGACCUCGUCAGCGCUGUCGAGUGCUACAACGAGUACAAGGAACUCGCUGUCGCCAACGACAAUGGCGAGCCUACUCUUCACGACCGAUUGGACGCCGAGGUGUACGCUUCUGUCAUCCACGCCUACAUCAUCUCCGACAAGGUUGACGGCGCCAUGAAGUUUUACGAGAAGAUCAUCAAGGAGUACGGAGUUCGCGCUGGUGACAUCAAGGACGCCAUUGUCAGCUCUGGCAUGGUUAAGGCCUUUACCGACCGUGGUAUCUUCAACGAGGCCCUUCGGUGGGCCCAGGUUGUCGAAGCCGAGAACAGAGCAGGCCCCAUGGGUAACCUCGCAGCCCGUGCUGCCGACCUCGGCGACAUGCACACCGCUGUCGCGGCUUUUGCCAACCUCCCCGUCAACUUCCACAAGAUCGCUACCCCCGCGAUGGCACUGCUCGCUUUGAGCGUCCGUCAAGGUGAUGUGGCCUCGGCCGCUCGCUACUGGCAUGUUCUUUGCGCUCCUGAGACGCCGGUCACUCCUGCGCUCAUCGAGCCGACUGCCAUGUACGCCAUUGCCAUGAUUGGCUCUGGUCAAGUCGCUGAGGGUUUGGCUGAGUCGGAACUCAUGUUCCAAAGAAUCCGGGCUGCCAACCCUGACAGCGUGGAUGAAAUCGAGGAGGGUGCCGACUUUGUCCACCAGUUCAUGAGCAGCCGUGGCAUUGUUGACCCUCGGGAAAUGGCUUCCCAGCAAGCCAUGUCCGCCUCUCCCUUCACCACUGCCACUGUCUCGAGCUUUGAGGACUCCUUCGACCCGUACGCACAUAACACCGACUUCAAGGGCUCCUCGCUCAUUUCUGAUGAGCUUGAGGGCUCUCACGGCCGCAAAGGUCCCAAGCUUCACGAUGCUCUCGCUCGCUUCCGCAAUAUGCGCCGUGCUGGUCGGCAUCCCCGCUACAUCACCUACGCCAAGCUGAUUUCUGCCGCCUCUCGUGAUGGCAAGAUGGAGCUGUGCAAUGACAUCCUCGCCAUGGCCCGCACAGAUGUUCCUCUCCUUCCCCAGUACGCUGUUGUCCGCUACGGCUGGUCUUCCAUCCUGGAUGCCAUGGUUGGCGCCUGCCUCACCAUGGGUUACCGCCAGAUGGCUGAGCAGUACCACCAGGAGCUUCUUGCGAUGGGCGCUGCUCCUUCCGCCAACACCUUCGGUCUGUACAUCACCACCCUCAAGGAGUCUGCCAAGACGUUCGACGAGGCUUCUGAGGCUGUCAAGAUUUUCCACCGGGCCAAGGCCGAGGGUGUCGAACCCAGCUCCUUCUUGUACAAUGCCCUGAUUGGCAAGCUAGGCAAGGCCCGCCGCAUCGACGACUGUCUGUUCUACUUCGCGGAGAUGCGUGCUCUGGGUAUCAAGCCUACGUCUGUUACCUAUGGCACCAUUGUUAACGCUCUCUGCCGAGUGAGCGACGAGAAGUUUGCCGAGGAGCUGUUUGACGAGAUGGAGGCCAUGCCCAAUUACAAGGCUCGCCCCGCUCCCUACAACAGCAUGAUGCAGUUCUUCCUGACCACCAAGCGCGACAAGUCCAAGGUGCUUGCCUACUACGAGCGCAUGAAGUCCAAGGGCAUUGCCCCUACUGCACACACCUACAAGCUUCUCGUCGACACCCACGCCACUCUCGAGCCGAUCGACAUGGCCGCUGCCGAGAAGGUUUUAGAAGCUAUCCGCACCUCUGGCCAGAAGCCCGAAGCCGUCCACUUUGCUGCUCUCAUUCACGCUCGUGGCUGCAACCUUCAUGACAUGGAGGGAGCCCGCAAGGUGUUUGACUCUGUCAUGUCCGACCGAUCUGUCACCGCCAACGCCAGCCUGUUCCAGGCCCUCUUCGAGGCCAUGGUAGCCAACCACAAGGUCGCCGAUACCGAGGCUAUCCUUGUGCAGAUGCGCCGUCGGGGCGUUGAGAUGACGCCGUACAUUGCCAAUACUUUGAUCCACGGCUGGGCUGCGGAGAAGAAGAUCGAGAAGGCGCAAGCCAUCUACGACUCCGUUGGCCACGAGAAGCGUGAGCCCAGCACAUACGAGGCCAUGACCCGCGCAUACCUCGCUGUCGAGGAGCGUGAGAAGGCCAAGGGUGUUGUUGGCGAGAUGCUUUGCCGUGGCUACCCUAGCGCCGUUGUCAACAAGGUGCUGGAGCUCCUGGGCGGCGGCGGUGGUGAGGAAGCUGUUGCUCAAAACUAA